GCUCAGCAGUGGGCCUCUCGUGGUGCGUUGCAAGUGCGAUGCGGUAUGCUCGAGGUCCUUCGGACAAAGGCCGCCGAUGGAGGAGCGGCCGCUGGUUCGGAGGUCCCGAAGGAAGCUCGUGGCGCCGGGUCCCCGCCGAAGGAUGCAUCGACAGAGACCGUCGUUAACAAGCUCAUUCCUAUUGUUGCGUCUCUCGAUCGCCGUGUUGCCACUCUUGAGGGCAGAGCUUCCUGCGCGUGCGUGGUCAAAAAGGAUGAUGCCAAGAAAGUGCCCGACCAGUUGCGCACCUUAUGGAAGACAGAGGACAAGGAGCGCAGAUCCGGCAUCGACCAGGCUAAGGAGUCGGACAUGCACGGCGCCAAGCUCACUCCUCGCAGCCUGGGCGGAGGCCUCCGCUCUGUCCUGUUCAAGGCUAUGCUCGAGCAGCUCGACCGAGCUCUGCAGGGCAAGCUGUCCGAGGGCGACGCCAAAGUUGUCAAGUACCUGUUGGAGAUCAGUGUGGCCGAGCUGGGCACCCAGCUGUUUCGUGCCAAGCCACGGCGUCCUGCGUGGAAGGCCGGGCGUCCUUGGGCGUGGGCCUUCAUGCUGCAGGAGGAAAAGGCACCCGACUUCAUCCGCGCCCCGCGGGCGUGCUACAGCAUCAAGUGCGAGGAUUUCUUCAUCGCUGCCCAGCGCGCCCUCGACGGGCCGCUGCUCAAGCGGCUGCUGGAGUUCAAGAGGAGUGCCAACGACGAGGCAGAGGAGGAGCCCAAGCCGAGGCGCCGUAAAGUUGCCAAGCGCUGAGCAGUCUGGCCCCAGGCCCCUUCGGGGGCAGCGGGGCCCCGAGCCCAGGCCCAUCCGUGGGCCACCAGUUUUGUUCGCAGAUGCCAGCCUCUCGACAAGUUUUGCUGCUAUCCUGGCGGGGGCUCCGCCUACUUGGCCUGUGGGCCUCAAGUACUCCAGGGUGGCUAUUGUGGGAAAUUGUUGCAUGGCGCUGUGGUGGUAUCGAGACUCGCCCCAUGGGUGUUCGCGAGUCUCGCACGAGGAGCAGAAACAGGAUAUCAAGGAGGCGUUCGAUCUGUUUGACACGGACGGCUCGGGUGAGAUUGACUCUAAGGAGCUGAAAGUGGCCAUGCGAGCCCUCGGUUUCGAGCCGAAGAAGGGGGAACUUCAGAAUAUGAUCUCCGACGUAGACGACGACGGAAGCGGAACCAUCGGAUACGAGGAAUUCUUUAAGAUGAUGACGCACAAGAUUUUGAACCGUGACCCGAAGGGUGAGAUAUUGAAAGCUUUCAGGCUCUUCGAUGAUGAUGAGACUGGCAAGAUAUCUUUCAAAAAUCUGGAACGCGUGGCGAAGGAGCUGGGCGAGCGGAUGACAGAUGAGGAGCUGCAAGAGAUGAUCGACGAGGCCGACCGGGACGGGGGCGGGGGGGUGAAUGAGGAGGAGCUCCUCCGAAUUAUGAAGAAGACCAAUUUGUUCUGAGCGUCAGUCCGAACCCCCACACGUGUGUCCGUUCUUCCCCUACAGCACUACCUCGGGGACGCCAUUGCCACUGUGCGCUUGGCCAACGGUAUGGUUGCAGCUUCCCGCCCGUGUAUUGGCGACCAAGUCCGGGAUCGGAGGCUCCUCCAGGGCCCCCGUACAAUUAAAGUGCAGACCGCCUGGCGCGGUGCCGUUUGACCGACCACCAGUGAAAAGAGAA